AUGACCCCAAGCGGCGAGCUCUCGGCGCUGGGCUACUCUCCAACACAGACGCCGGACCUCUACGAUCGAACUGCCACAGCAACGCCAAACGAAGAGAAGCUCACCAGCGUGGCCGAGUUCAAAGCGGCCAAGGACUCGGCUGGUGCAAUUGGAAGCGGCGUUGUCAAAGACGAAAAGAAGCCGCGAGCAGACCAGCCUGCGAAGACCGCAGCCAACGGAUACCUCGACUAUGCCGACGGUCUCCGUGGUAUCGCGAUGAUCAUGGUGUUCAACGGCCACUUCAUCGACAACACCUUCGUUCAGACUCAUCCCGGCACCAUUCAGAACGGUACCCCUGUCGGGCUUCUCCGAAGUCCCAUCGGUUUGGUACUCUUCUACAUGCUUUCAGGCCGUCUCAACGCAACCUCGUACUUUCGUAACAAGGCUCUCGGCCGUCCUAUCAUCUGGAGCGUAAUUCCCGAAGCAUUGAUCCGACGCUCCCUGCGUCUUCUCAUCGUUGGUGGCGUCUGGGAGGUGAUCCAGAAGGUCGAGUGUGGCACGCACGCGUUUGACCAGACCGUCAUCGCAGAGGGUUGGUUGCAAUCGGGCAACCUUGGCUACCCGCAAUGGUGCCGCGUCAACUUUGACAACCCUUCGCCAUUCCCUAGGGACUGGGACAUCUCGACCAGCGUCGGUGACAUUCUCGUCGGUCUCCUGCGACUUGCCACCAAUCGCGAUUAUCUGCAGCAGCUGCUCAAUGCAUCGAUGCUCUGGUCGAUCGUGCCGCAGCUGUGGGGUAUGAUCUCUGUUCUCAUGUUGCUCCCGAUCGUCAUGCACCUGCAACCCUCGCGUCGCUUCGUACUCUACGCUCUGCUUCUCGUCUUCCAGGGCUACACGUACAAUCAGAACAUUCCUUUCACCGUCGGUGCCAUCGCCGCCGAUCUCAAAGCUUCCGGCUAUAUCAAGAAGUUCAACGAAAAGUCGCGCAUUGCGUUCCUGCUUACCGAGCUGUCGCUCGCCGCCUUUUUCGUCGCGGCUUACUGCUACAACCCUAUCUUCAUCAAGAUUGACCAGAAUCUGCAGAGCAUCACCGACCGAGAUGGCAUCUUGGGCUAUGACAUCACCGGGUUCACGGGCGGUCGAAUGCCAAGCUACCUGAUCUUGGCUGGUGUGCUCUACUACUGGCUAGAGAUGAGCGUGGUGCUCCAAUGGCUUAUCGGCAACUGGGCUUUCAAGGCACUUGGUCGUGUUGCCCUCGGUUUCUACGUGUGCCAGAUGUCGAUCAUCUACGGCAUCAUGCCCUACCUCGUGAUUCACUUCCGUGACCGCGGCUACUCGUUCUGGAGCAACAUGUGGAGUACCUGGCUCAUCACGUUCUUCAGCGCUUACGUGGUUGCCUGGCUUAUUGCUCACACGCUCGACAAUUGGGCCAUGAUCUUCAGCGACUGGUUCGCAAAGACAAUCAUCCGCGAGGACACGUAUGCAACGCUAAAGGUAUCGGCGGUUAACACGGUACGAGCUGUGGUGUUCGGCCCCCCUUCCGUCGCUAGAGCUACUCCCGGAUGGAUCAAGGACAAGUGGAGCAAGACCAAGCACUUCGUCUGGGUCAUGUUCCACUGGAGGACCAUGGUCGAAGCUCCUGCGCCUCCUUCGCACCCCAUGGAGGUUGGCUUGCAGAUGAAUCAGCUGCACUCGACGCUCUUCGAUGCCGACAUUUCGGACGACGAGCAGGCGAUGCGGACGCGAUGGAUGCUCAGGGCGCUUUCGUUCAUGGCACCCGUGCAGGUGGCGAUCAUCCUUGCGCUCGGUUUCAUCUGGAUGUGGUUCAACCCCUGGUCGAGCUACAUCUUGGAUGGCUUUGCCGACUUCUCGACCGUCUGGCGACUGCUGUGGGCGCUGGCGCUGCCGUACUGCAUCAUCACAACGCUCGGAUACGCCACGCCUGACAUCACCAGGACCACCGAGGAGCUCAAGAAGAAGCCCGUUGUGCGCGAGCACAUUCACCGUCUCUUCAUCGUCAGUGUUACACGAGGUUCCAACCCCGAGACGACACGACGCGCGCACCUGCACCUCAAGAAGCUCGAAAAGUACCAUCCUGCUGUGCGUGCCAUUGUGCUCACUGACGAGCCCUACUCGUACCCGGAUCUGGACAAUGUCAUGACUCCCAAGGCGUACAACUCGCCACAAGGCAAGGCCAAACACAAGGCCAAGGCCCUCGACUACUUCCGUUCGUCCAUGGGCCUCACUCCGUACGACUGGGUGCUGCACAUGGACGAAGAAUCGACCAUGGAUGCCGAGAGUCUUCGUGGAUGCUUCGACUUUAUCCGCUACAACACGGGUCACAUUGGUCAAGGUAUCAUCAUCUACAACGGCAAGCGCGAGACCUACUGGAAGAACUGGUUCUUUGCCGUCGCUGAUUGCAUUCGUGUCGGUGACGAGUUGGCUCGAUUCUCCUUGCAGGGCAACAUUAUCAAGCGUCCUGUGUUUGGUGUCCACGGCUCCUUCUUGAUGAUCAACGGUGACGUCGAGAACAGGGUGACGUGGGACUUUGGCUCGUUGGCCGAAGACUUUGAGUUUUCGCAAGCCGCUUGGGCCAAAGGCUACACGCUGGGUCGCAUCCACGGAGUUGUGCGCGAGCAAUCGCCCGAAGGCUGGGCUGACUUUAUCAAGCAGCGUCGUCGAUGGUACAUGGGUAUCCGAGGUAUCAAUGGUCUCUUCCUCUUGCCUCAGAUCGCCAUCAAGCUCUGGACCGCCGGUAUCUUCUGUCUCGUCGCCACGCUCAUCAACAUUCCCUUUUCGCUGUUGCUGGAAUGGUCGGGUCCCACACCGAGAUGGCUGUACGUCAUUUCGUGCUUCUGCUUUGGCAACUUUUACUGGUUGUACUACUCGGGAUUGUUCUUCUCAGAGUUGGACUACGGAUACAAGUGGUACCAGGCCUGGCAGAUCCCGGUGCAUGCCGUGUCGCUGCUCAUCUUGCAACCUAUCAUGGCAUUCGUGGAAGGUGUGGCGGUGGUAUAUGCCAUGUCGACAGAGGACGGAACGGUUGGAUUCCAGGUCAUCAAGAAGUGA